AUGGCACACGGAGACCUGAUGAGCCAGGCGGAGGACGUGGCGGACCAGGUGAGCUGCUGUGCCGACCAGAGACAGGCUGCGACCCCGGCAGACAGCUGUAGUCCGAAUGUCCAAUGUCACCAAAUUCCACUAGAAAUCUCGAAGUUUUAAAGAUCUUUGAACAACAUGUACAUUUGUCGUGGAUUAGUGUUGUGUAUCGUUCAAUUCGGCAUGCAGAAUAUUCAAGCAUAGCUAAUUGUAAUGAGAAUAAACUUAGUAUAACUUUUACUAAAUCACAGACUGUUGGGAGUCGAGUUUUCUUUGGGCAGAAUUAGGGUGUAGCUCUUCGGUCAGUUGCGAAAUCCGAGUGUUACUGAAAUACCAGGUGUGACUUUAAGGUGAAGUUAAUCAUGUUAAUCAUGAAGUAGUUUUUAUCCCUCGACCUUAAAGCCUUUAUUUGUAUAAACUUGUAAUGGAUGAUGCAGGAGCCGCAGAUAAAGCCUUAAAUUCUCUUAUUUUUGUAUGGAGUCUUGUAUGUUCGCUUCACCCCAAACACAGAACAUUUAUUAGGUAAAAAAUUCCCCAAAUAAAAAGAAAACGACACGUUGGUAAAUUAACCUCAAUGCCGAAGUGAUGACUGAUAACUAACUCUAAACAAUAGGCCUGUUAUUAUUAUCUGCUGUUAGUGAAUGAUGCAGGAUGAGAAAGAAAACUUUGAAUUCCUUCAUUUUCAUAUGGACUCUUGUAUUCGGUUCGCGGCAUUUUAUGAGUUUUGGAUUUUGGGGUUCAUAUAAAACAUUGAAGUGAAACCUUAAAUAUCGCCUUUCUUUUUUGUGUCUCUAUAUAGUAUAUGUGAUAACUGCUUCAUAAACAUCUGGAUGGACGAAAUCAAGCAUCGAAGCGACAGUGAAAUCGAUUGAAAAAAAUCAGCCAUGAUCAUACGCCGAAUGAAAGAAGUAGUCGUGGUUGUGUACAUAAAGUCUUAUUUUACCUGUACUCGGUUGUAAAUUUUUGCCGACAAGCACUGAAAGUUAAAUUAGCAGAUUUCAGUACGGAGACUGGUGUGGGGAAUGUAGCACCAAGUGAGCCGAAAACAAUAAAUCUGAAAGUUAGCCCCAUCAUAGUGAAAUAAGAAGAAAAUAUAAGGAAAUUAAUGCAUACGUUAGCGUAUUCGUUACAGUUUUGUUGCAGGUGUGCAGUAUAAAUCACUUCCUACUAUUGCAACAGGUAGUUACGGUGCCGCUGUGUCAAAGUGCGGAAAUGAAUGAGCACUGCAGUUUGAUAACAUCCCCAUCUGAUCACUGUGAUAUUGAGCAAUACUCCACCGUGGACAAAAAGACUUCAUCUACUUCAGGAAGCAGACUGAUGAAGCUGACUGGCUGCCACAUACACACUCUGAUCAUAAUGGUACUAGCCUGCUGCUAGUCUCCUUAGCUCAAUGAAACCAAAUGCAGCCAAGCUACACGUCUGUUUGUCAUGCUGCUGUUGUACCUACAGAAUGUGGUUUGUCAUUGUCCUGCUGAAACAUGAAGGUAUUUAAAAAAAAAAGCCAUUGUCCAAAUGGCAGCAUAUGUUGCUUCCAAACUUUCAUAUGUACUUCAGAGUCAAUAGUGACCCUGGAUGUGCAAGCUACUCCUGCUAAGAGCACCUAUGCGUCCCGUACCAUCACAGAUGCUGACUUUUGGAUUAUGCACUUGUAAGCAGCAGUGUAGUCCCUCCACUCUUCAGAGAAGAGGAUGUGGUGUCCAUGAUUUCCAAAAUGAAUGUCAGUUCUUGAUUUUUGAGAUCACAGGACUGUUUUGUCACCACGCCUUGGUCCAGCUUAAUCAAGUUUGGGAGUUAUUCUGAAUCCAUUUUUACUACAAUUUCUGCUUCAGAGUCAUGCCAAAGUAUUAAGAUGUUUUCUGACCGUGUCACAGCCAUUGGCUUUAGAGACCUGAUGAAGACGUUAAAUCUGCAUGUGAAAACACAGCUAGAAAUUCUAAACCUCUCCAGCUUUUAUUAGCCAUCACUGACCACCCCUCUCUCUCCUUUGAUGUAGUUCCUGCGGGUUACCAAACACUACCUCCCCCACAUGGCCCGGCUCUGCCUGGUCAGCACCUUCCUGGAGGAUGGGGUCCGGAUGUGGUUCCAGUGGGGGGAGCAGAGCGAGUACAUUGACGCUACCUGGAGCUGUGGACGCUUCCUCGCCAACAUCUUUGUCCUGCUCAACCUGCUGGUGCAGCUGGGUAACAAACACAACUUGAUAUGUCGGCUUUUCUAGACCUGUGAGAGCUUUUCCUGAUGUGAUGAGUGGAUCUCUGUAAUCGCAUUGAUCCAGUAACUGGGCAAAAAUCUGAUUUGAUCUGUUGUUGUGAUGAGGAAUAUCAGAUGGUGUGUUUACCUGUGAACAGACUCAGCGUUCAUUCCUACACUCUGUGUCUAUAGGCGGCUGUCUGUUGGUCCUCAGUAGAAACUUUGUCCAGUACGCCUGCUUCGCAUUGUUCGGGAUCAUCACCUUACAGGUAAGAACUCACAAACAAAUGCACAAAUUACCAAAGCAAUUCAGACCACAAAACUCAGAAUAUUGUGUUUGUGUAGUCCUAAACUUUGACUCCUCCUUGCAGACAGUGGCCUACAGCAUCCUGUGGGACCCAAAGUUCCUUAUGAGGUGAGUUUCCAACCUUUGCUCAGGUGCAUCUUUGUCUUAAAUCAUCAGCCAAAAUCACAGCAGCAAUCGCUGACUAAAAUCAGGUUCAUGGAAGAAUCUGAUGGUCAGGAUUCGCUGAUUUUGAGCUAUAGGAUCUGGUUUUGUCAUUUGGAGUUUUGUAGAUGUGUGUUCUGGUUCUGUCAAUAUAAAUAUUACUUUGACCAGAACAUGUGUGCUCAACAAGACCUGUUUGACUGCAUCAUAAUGUCACUUUGAGGAUGUACCAGAGCUAAAAAGUGGGUUGGGUACAAAAAGGAAGCCAACAGGAGGUGUGAAGAAUUCAUAUUUACAUCCCUUCUCCUCCUGCUUUCUGCAGGAACCUGGCGUUGGGGGGAGGCCUCCUUCUCCUCCUGGCAGAGUGCAGGGGAGAGGCUCGCAGUGUGUUCGCAGGAGUUCCUUCCCUCGGCGAUCAGAGCUCUCCGAAGAACCUCCUGCAGCUCGGAGGUCGAGUCCUCCUUGUCCUCAUGUUCAUGACGCUGCUGCACUUUGACCUCAGCCUGAUCAGCGUGAGUGUGGCACACAAACACACUCAGGAACCUCAAAGGACAUCACAUGUAGAUUUUCUUGAAACUAACACUGAACAUAACCUUUCAAAAAUGACAAAAAACACUUUUCUAGCUUUUGUUGCCAAUAGACUGUAAAUCAUUUGUUUCCAGUCCUUUGUGAGGCUCCAGAUCUGUACCUGCUGUUACUUCCCUGUUUUUAGAGUCACCUGACUCUACUUAUAGAUUGUGGUAGAGCCAUUUCUGAUUUUAAGUAUUGCGUGCAAGUUAGUGUUGUGUUCGUCUUUUGUAAUGCUCUUGUUGGCCCGGUAGGUGGCAUGUGUGCUACCAUAGGGUGAGGGGGAGCUGUCUCACAGUGGCUCUGAAAACAUUAAGGAGGGAAAAAUAAAGUCUACACAGAAGAUAGUUCACAGUUUGACCGUUCAAGUCAAGUUAAGUCGUCCCUGAAUGCAUCACUUGUUUUCAAAGUGCAGCUCAGACCCUGAACUGCUCUCCUCUAGCUGUGUGGGAGUCCUCAUCAUUUCCUCUUCUGCUCUCCAGGUCCUACAGAACCUUGUAGGCACGGCGCUCAUUGUGCUGGUGGCCGUGGGCUUUAAGACGAAGCUGGCGGCUCUGACUCUGUCUGUUUGGCUGCUCUGCAUCAACUUCACCUUCAACGCCUUCUGGAGCAUCCCCUCGUACAAACCCAUGCACGACUUCCUCAAGUAUGACUUCUUCCAAACCACAUCGGUGAUCGGAGGCCUGCUGCUGGUGGUGGCGAUGGGGCCUGGAGGGGUCAGCAUGGACGAGAAGAAAAAGGAGUGGUGA